GUUAAUACCUGACGCGUUGAGCAGUAUUUUCAUCAGAUGGACGAAACACAGGUGAUCUGUCCAUGACACGAAAGGCAAUGGAUGAUCCUAAAUCUAUUCAGAGGAGAUUUGAAGCUGCUGUUAAAGUGAUCAGAAGUUUACCUGAGGAUGGCUCUUAUGACAUUUCAGAUGAUAUGCUUGUACUGUUCUACAGUUACUACAAACAAGCCACAGCAGGGCCAUGUAACACCCUAAAACCCAAUUCCUGGGAUCCUAUCGGUAAAGCUAAAUGGGAGGCAUGGAAAGCCUUAGGAAACAUGUCAAAGGAUCAAGCCAUGAUGGAAUAUGUUCAAGAAAUACAGCUGAUAAUAGAGACCCUCCCAGUCACAGACAGGAUGGAAGAAUUAAUGGAUGCUCUUGACCCAUUUUAUGAGAUAGUUGAUGAUGAGGAUGAAGAUGUGCCCAGAAGACAGACACAGUUAUCCACAGGUAGGACUAGGGGUAAAGAAGAUGACAAUUAUGGUGAUGCUGAGGAAGACAGCAAGGACGAAAGUGAAAGUUCUGAUGAGAAUAUUGAAGAUGACAUAGAGAUGGAAGAGAAAAGCAAAGACUUGAUCACUCUGGCAGGAGGGAGAAGAGGUUCACGUGUGUUUAAUGGAAGUGAGGAUAACAGCACGUCUUCCUUGACCAAUGACACUCACAGCUCUUUGAACUCUGAGGAUGACGAGGAGGAACUGGUAUACAGCAGAGAGCCAAGCAUAGAGCCUCCAGAGUUCUGCCCAUCCAACAACUACCCCAGUGAUGACAACAUUCUCACAAAAGGCAAACAUCACAUAGAUGGCUUGGAUGAUGAGAUGUACAGUGAUUCGAUGGAACAGACUGCAACACAAGAGAAGGGUUCAGAAGUUCCCAGGGUGCAUUUGGCAGACAUGAGUGCGGUUGGAGCCAAGAUGCAGGAGCAACAAGGGAGAAACAGAAAGCCACAGUGUGGGAGUCAGGAUGGAAAACCACAGGGAGUUACACCCCCAUUCCCCCACCCACCGGCAUUUGGAACAGUCCAAUAUGACCGAAUCUCACCAUGCAGAAGAAGACGAGAGCACAGUUGCCAAGGAGAUGGCAAACACUGGGUGACGGAAGGAAUCAAGGACAAAAAGGCAUUGAAAACCCAGAUCGCCAUGACCUUGUUACAGUUACAGGACAAUAUGCAGGAUGUGCUGCAAAGACUGGCCGCACUGGAAGUUCUGAAAGCAUCACAAGCUGAAAUCAUUCCUCUAGAGACUUGGCACUCAAAAUCAUCAAAAAAGAGGUUACCCUGGUGGCCAUUAGACAUGUCCCCAUGCUCUGUGGCACUGGCUGUUAUGUGGCCUUUUGCUGUGCACUGGCUUGUGCAGGUUUACUUACAGAAGAGGAAGAGGUAAGCAUUUGUGCUUAAUUAUGAACUAUAUACAGUGAAAGUACUUGCUUUUUUGUAGGUGAUACUUCAGCUAAUAUAGUUAAUGUUGAGUACAACACUGUACAUCUUUGUUUUGCUUUUAGAUGAUGAUAGUAAAAUCCAGUCAAUUGAAUCAAGUGGAGAUUCAGGUAUCAUCUGAAUGACUCCUAAGGAUUUUCAAAUGGUUGUAUUGAGAUUUAAAGCCUCAGGGCUUCAAUAAAUAUGAUUAAUCUCAAUAUAUAUGAUAUUCACACAUUUUUUUCUGUGGUGGAUCAUGUUUUUUUCCAUGAUUUACAUUGAGUACAGGUAGUUUACAGUCAUUUGAAUGUAAUUCAGCCUACACAACAACGUGCACUUUUCACAUUUAUUCCUACAUUUUGAAUACAGGACAAUUGCGCAGUUAAAAAUAAAGUCUUUUGACUGUUAAAACCUGGGUGGGACUUGGAUCAAGGAACCCCAACUGUUACAGCUUUACAAAUGGAAAACACAAUUGUGUUUUCAAACAUGUGCUUUUCUAAAAUAACAACUGUACCAAAGAAAAAUGCAACUUGAAAUCUGAAAUAUAUAUGUGGGCCAUUGUAUGUGUGUUGUAAGUAGAACUAGUCGUAUCAAUUUUUAUAAGAAACAGUAAUAUUUAAACAUAGUAUUUAUGUUAUGCUGCGUUCCAUUCAACUCGGAAAGUCUGAGUUUCCAACUUCCUAUUAGGAAAAGUCCAAUGGAACGACACUUGAAGUCGGAAUUCCAACUCAGAAAGUCGUGUGGAAAUGUUAAACUCUGACUUCUCUGAGAUGCAGGUGCAUGACGUCACACAAUCAUGUCGGCACCCAGGAAGAUGUACAAAAUAAGUGAUAAACAUUCACUUUUAUUAAAUAAUAUCGAUAAAUGAGUCCAAGUUCCUACAUUACAUGAUAUUAAAGCCUGUUUAACAAACACUAGCAGAGUAGCAGGUGUUCAAAACAUGAUAAAUGAUACUAUCUUUUGAUAAUCGUACACCUGUUGCACAAAUGCUAGCGUUGCUGGAUGUUUAUGAAUUGGGUUGCUUGGAGACAUCUCUGGUGACAGUCAAACACCUGCUAACGGGAGCGUUACAGUUUUGUUUCCUUAAACGUCAUCUUCCGAGCAUCUGGCAAUGAAAUGCAUUUAGUUGGAGAUCGGGGAUAUCAAGUGGAAUAUCCCACAUCCGAUUUGAAUGAAACACAGCAUUGAUGUUAUAGUCCAUGUUCAUUCAACUGUAUGGUCAAGCAGGUAGUGCUUUUGUAAGGUGAAUAAAGAAUUGUUAUGGAUCAUUUUUGUAUGUUGUUGUAGCCUAUUUAAUGUGUUUUACAGACAUGCACUACUAGAGAUUCCUCGUCAAAGUGGUUCAUUCAGUGUGGGCUCAUUGAAAUACUCUGGCGUUUUUUUUAACAGAGUUCAAUUACAGACAAGUACAAUGCAAAAAGUACAAGGCAAAUAUAAGGCAUUAUGGUACAGUUCAGAGUAUGUGAAACAUAAUAACAACAACUACUAAAACAUAAAAUGAACAUAUAUGUAAAAAAAAUAAAAAAAUAAAAUACUGGGAUACAAAGUGCUAUAUAAUAUAUUAGAGCAGUUACAUGAAUUUGAAAAGCUUUAACAUUUGUGUUUUUAUAAGCUUUUUGUUUUGUGAUCUCAUGUUUGAAAGGGUUAAGUAUAUUGUGAGAUCAGUAUUACAAAAGGUAAUAUAUGAGGGUUUCUUUUGAGUUAUUUUUGUCUUAUGAAUAUAAAAACUUUGCCAAAAUGUAAUUUUGUUUUUCAGAAAAACAUGGGUUUUGAAAACAAAGUAAAAUGUCAUAAGGUUCUAAAUUAAGAGUUUUGUUUAAUGUUUUUGUCAUGUCUAUUUUAAAGUCAGUCCA